AUGCACGUUGAGGUGCCCGACUAUGUGCAUUCCUCCAACGCCACGUGCAUCCUGAGCAGCGAGGGAUCUUUCGACGAGCGGCGCCGACGCUUGGAGCGGCGGCUGCUCAAGUCCCGGGAGGUGACCCGGGCGGACCUGGUGCAGCGGAACAUCGUGCAAGGCAGCCGGGGCAGCCGGGGCCAUCCCCCAGGGCCGGCGAUCGCGGUCAAGAUGGGCAUAGUCCCUGGAACCCACCCGAAGCUUGAGAUCCUGUGGUCACAAUCUGCAUUUUCUCUGGAAUCCACCAGUAGCUUGCUGGUGCGAGUGCAGAAGCCCGGAGAAAUGGAGUGA